AAGACAAAGUGAGAUCGAAAACCUUGGUGUGGUUUGAUUUGAGCGGCUGGGUUAGAGGGCGAGGCAGCGUCUCUUGAGCUCUCUGGAUUGGCCAGUGAUGCGCAAUAAACGAUCAGGACCCUGGACAGCCAUUAGACAGCCGCGAAACGCCGGCUGCUGGAAAGCCUCUUUCUAAAGUUGUCACUAUAUCAGUCAAACCAGUCGUGGAGGAUCAGUUGAACCUAGCUAUCCCCAGGCAGGCCGGUGGAUCUGCUAUGAAGAGUGGACUACUCAGCGACUAGCAGGGCAGAACCACUUCCACUCCUCUCUGUCUCUACCUGCCUGUACUCGCUCCACCUCUCUCCCUCUACGCACUUCUCUUCCUCGCUCUCUCUCUCUCUGUCGUCGGUGAAGGGGGGAAGCAUGGCUCCAACCUUGGCCACGGCGUUCGCGCGCCGCUGGUGGAUGGCUGUGACGGCGGUGGUUGAGAACCUGCUUUUCUCGGCCGUGCUGCUGGGCUGGGGCUCGCUGCUCAUCAUGCUCAAGUCGGAGGGCUUCUACUCCUACAUGUGCAACAAGGAAGCGGGAAACAGCUCCGCCGCCUACAAUCUGACGUUGCCCGUGGCGAUUCCCACAACCAACGAGUUCAGCGACUUCUACAGAGAGAUUGAGGGCAAUGAUGACAGCGUGCAGAUCAAGGCCCUGGCGCCCCAGGACGGGCCCCAGAAGAUGAACGGCUGGCUGAUCUGCAAGGAGCAGGACGAGAUGCUGAACAUGGCCUUCACCGUGGGAUCCUUCCUGCUGUCCGCCAUCACCCUGCCUCUGGGCAUCGUGAUGGACAAGUACGGACCCCGCAAGCUCCGCCUCCUGGGAAGUACAUGUUUCGGCUUCUCCUGCCUGCUCAUUGCCUAUGGAGCCUACAACCCAAAUGAACUUUCCGUGCUUAUCUUUAUUGCGUUGACGUUCAACGGCUUCGGGGGAAUGUGCAUGACCUUCACCUCUCUCACGCUGCCCAACAUGUUUGGGGACCUGCGCUCCACGUUCAUCGCCCUGAUGAUUGGUUCCUACGCCUCCUCUGCUGUCACCUUCCCUGGACUCAAGGUGAUCUACGACCUCGGGGUGCCCUUCAUCACCAUCCUGGUGGUGUGGGCCGCGUGCGCCGGCAUCGUCUUCCUUAACUGCCUCUUGAACUGGCCCCUGGAGCCCUUCCCAGGGCCUGACGACAUGGACUACACUGUGAAGAUCAAGUUCAACUGGCUGGGCUUCGACCACAAGAUCACAGGGAAGCAGUUCUACCAGCAGGUGACCACGGUAGGCCGGCGUCUGAGCGUGGGCAGUAGCCUGAAGCAGAGAGAGCUGUCCACCAAGGAGGGCCACAAGCUCUGCCUGUCCACCAUGGACCUCGAGGUGGAGAGCAAGCCCAAGGAGGAGGCCCAGUCGUUCCUGCAGAGCAUCACCAGCCCAAUGUUCAUGCUGACCCUGGUCACCAUGUCCAUCACCCAGCUGCGCCUCAUCUUCUACAUGGGGGCCAUGAACAACAUCCUGGAGGCCCUCAGCGAUGGCGACCUCAACACCGUGGAGAAAAGGGAAGUCGUGAGUCUAUACUCGUCAAUCUUCGGCAUUCUGCAGCUGCUGUGUCUGAUGACCACACCCGUCAUCGGUCAGAUCAUGGACUGGAAGUUGAAGGAAUGUGAUGAUGGAGACAGUGAAAAGGACAACUGCAGCAAGAACGAUAUCAAGAAAAAAGUCAGAGACAAAAAAAUCCAGAAGGUGACCAAUGCCAUGCGAGCGUUCAUUCUCACAAACCUCCUGUUGGUUGGCUUCGGGGUCACCUCUCUAGUGCCCAAUCUAGAAAUCCAGAUUGCGUCCUUUGUCCUGCACACGGUGGUCAGAGGAUUCAUCCACUCGGCUGUCGGCGGGUUGUAUGCUGCUGUGUACCCCUCGUCCCAGUUCGGCAGUCUGACGGGCAUGCAGUCCCUGGUCAGCGCUGUGUUCGCUCUGCUGCAGAUGCCGCUUUACAUGGCGAUGAUGGGACCACUGAUGGGAGACCCACUCUGGAUAAACGUGGGCCUGCUGGGGGUGAGCAUGCUGGGCUUCCUGCUGCCCCUCUACCUCGUCUUCUACAGACGCAGCCUCCGCAAGGAGCGCAAGGAGAAACAGAACUACGCCAAGAUCUACACCAAACUCAAUGGCUCCGACCAACCAGAGGCCUUCGUCUAGCCACAGCGAGAUUCUCUUGCACAUGUGAUACAUCAACACAUUCAUGUUCACAAAGGAAGGGGCGGCUGGGAACGGCUAUCAAGAAGCCUUCUCUGUCCUUUCCCACUAGAUAUCUGAGCCACCUAGGUGUCGCCCACACACACACACACACACACACACACACACACAAACACGCACACAGAUCAACGUAAACAACCUGGAGACUGACGUUGGCAUGAAACAAGAAGGUAUGACCACUGGGAGUAUUAAAGAAACAAAAUAGACACUGAAGGUGGAGAGAGAGAAGAAGUAGAGGAGUGACUGUGAAAGGAAUGAGGCCCUGUCUCUGUAUUCCCCCCGAAUCUUUGCUCUUCUCUCCCGCUCCUCCUCGGCCACCCUCUGUUUACAACUGGGAACCACUCCAUGAUGACAUCACUUCCUUUUAAGAGAACAGACACAGGAAACGCCAAGGAAAGCCAAGUAUCCUGUUGUUGCUCUGUUGUUAGUUAUUUUUUGUUUUGUGUGUAGUUUUUUCUAAUGAUAUACCCAACGCAAACUCCAACAGAACACAUCAUCGUGAUCACAUCUUGUAAAACGAAAUAUUGAAAACCAUUGAUUGGUAAUAAUCUGAAACUGUAAUAUGAUGCUACUGGACCAAUAUGUAUUUUAGAGAAUGCCUGACAGGAAAAUCUUUUUUAAGAUGGUUUCGUAAAGUGUAUAUAUACAUGAUAACAACAUGAAUUGUUUGGGGUCAGCGAAUCGACUGUAUUCAUGUAAUCAAAGCCCUUCUUUUCAAGUGGCCUUUUAUGUCCUACAUUGGAAACACUGCCAUGGGAUUAUAAAAAGAUUAUUUAAAAUGUUUAUUUUUAAAUAGUUUCUUACUGUACACCAUUAUUUAUUCAACCCUUAUUUGUCUUAUUUUUUUUUUUAACCUAACAUGUGCCUUGUCUGCCUUCUGGACAACUUGAAAAUAAAAAAAUGAUUAUUUUGUAACUUUAUACACAAUAAGUAAACCACACUGACCACACUGUUUUUAACCUAUAUUCAAGGUAAACUCUAAUUCAUAAGGUGUAUAUGCAGCACUUUAAACCUGCCUACUCUUUUAUAAAAGUCACAUUAACAACAUCAUCGAUUGAGUUCAGCACUUUAUCACCCGUCAUGCUACUGUAAACUCCCUCUCCUGUAACAUCACCCCUUAAACGUACAUUAUAUACAUCUGUGUAUUUAAUUUAGAACUAUUUUCCAUUUAAUUUACUUUUCCAUCUAUUGAAUGCGCUGUUUUAUUACUGUCGGUCGUUUGGCUGUAUUCGAAUAUAGGCUACUUCACUGUUAACACAACCUUUCAACAUAAAAUAAAGUUGUACUGAUUUAAUUAAAGGGCUGAAUUUGU